AUGGCAUCUUUGAAAGGGCCUGGGGCUUCCCAAAUCUAUGACGGAUCUGGACUGCGAAUUGCUAUCGUCCACGCAAGAUGGAACAUGGGGAUAAUUGGUCCUCUCCUAGAAGGGACAAGGAAAAGCCUGUUGUCGGCUGGUGUGACUGAGGAGAAUAUUACCACUCACAGUGUCCCAGGCAGUUAUGAAUUGCCAUUUGCUGCUCAGAGGAUUUACGCUGCUUCCCAGCUCCAGGCUGCCAAAGGGCCUUCUUCGGCCGUAGGUAUUAGUGCGACGGACCUGUUGUCCUCCUCUACUACCGACCUUAGUAAGGUGUCGCCACAGUCACCAACACCAGCUACGAUGCGGCCUUUUGAUGCGAUUAUAACCAUAGGCGUGUUAAUCAAGGGCGAAACAAUGCACUUCGAGUACAUUGCGGAUGCAGUAUCCCACGGACUUAUGCGAGUUCAACUUGAAACCGGUGUGCCCGUUAUCUUUGGUGUUCUUACUGUAUUGAAUGAGGAACAAGGUCUCGAAAGGGCAGGGUUGGGCAAGAAGGGCAUGCAUAACCACGGAGAAGAUUGGGGGAAUGCUGCCGUCGAACUUGGAGUCAAAAGGAGAGAUUGGGCUGAAGGUAGGGUUGCCUAG